GAUUCUGGAGUAUAUUUAUUGGCCGACUUUAUAGAAGGACAGUAAACUUGCAAAAUCAAUCGUGGAGGACGUCUUAGGCACCGUCACCGUUAUCAAGAAGCUGUUUCAGAGCAUAGAAAAGCCUAGCAUAAUCCGUAAUAUGUUCCUGUCCAUGUCCGACUUGUUGAAAGACAUGUACUCGCUUCUCUUCACGGAAGAUGUGCGUUUUAAGAGUAUUGCGGGUCUUGCGCUUGAAGCUUAUCUUACUGUUCUCAAUUUGGUAAAAGAAAAGUCUUCUGGUCCUUAUGAUGAAAGUAUGCUCAACGAAUGUGCACCACUCUUUACCCAAUUGCUUGGAGGCAUGCACGGAAAACGUGCCAAACUUCGGGCUGCAGCUGCGGAGCUAUGGAACAAUAUAUUUGCGAAGGCGGUAUUCAACUAUCCGACAGAACUAAGGAAGAUUCUCAUCAGUCUUGUACAAAAACGAAUAGUUUUCGCAGCCGGAUUACCUAGGAAGUCGAUAAGUAGCAGUGAUAUCAAUGAGUAUAGAGAAAUCACCGCGAGUAAUGUAAGUCUAAUUCAUCACUCAAUUCACAAUCCAGUCAAAGCACUGUCAAUGGUUGUGCAGCAGUAG